AUGCCUGUGGCACCUCAUUAUGUCCCACCGCGAGCACCUAUUGUCUUGUGCCAUGGGCUUUAUGGAUUUGAUAAAAUUGGGCCAGAUGCAUUACCUUUGUUUCAGAUCCAGUAUUGGGGAGGCAUUGAGAACGAGUUGGCCAAGUUAGGUGCUAAAGUGAUUGUGACAAAAGUACCAGCUACAGGCAGUAUUUGGGUGAGAGCACAAACAUUGAAUUCUAUUCUGACAUCAAUCAUGGAAGGUCAAGAUGUGAAUUUUGUAGCUCAUUCAAUGGGAGGACUGGAUUGUCGCUAUCUUAUUUCACAUAUACCAAAUCGACACUACAAAGUCAAUUCAUUAACUACCAUAUCAACACCUCACCGUGGAUCCCCUGUGAUGGACUGGUUUCGAGAUCAUGUAGGUGUAGGGAUGGCUGGUGCAUUGGCGGCUGCAUUUGAGAAAUACGAAUCUGUUCCUCCUGCUCUUCUUUCACCAUUAACACAGAAACAAACGAGCUGGUCUCUUUUACCGAGUAUGAAGCAAUUCAUUCGAUUGUUAGACACAGAAGCCUAUCAUAACCUGAGCACAGACUACUGCAAAAAUUACUUUAAUCCAAAUACCCCUAAUGAUCCUCAUGUUGCUUAUUAUUCUUAUGGUGCAAAAGCCACAUUUCCUUCUUGGUCUGUCUUUAAUCUAUCUUCACAAUGGAUUAAAGAAAAAGAAGGUAUUAAUGAUGGACUGGUGAGUGUAGAAAGUGCUCAAUGGGGUACGUAUAUCAAGACAUUAGAAGCAGAUCACUGGGAUCUUAAUGGACAAAGGUAA